UUUUGAAAUCUAUCGGACUAUAAAUACAAAAACGGAUAUCAGUUAAUUAUGUGAAGAAAUAAGAAAGUUAAUAUGGAAUAAUACUUAAAGGUGAUAUAGAAGUACUGUGAACUUGGAAUAAAUACCUCGAAGUUUGUAUCAAACUGUGAACAGAGAGGUCAUCUUUGCUGUGAAACAUACUUUGUGAAAAAUUUCGAAAAUGUCUGAUAGCAUACAGGUAGCUAUUAAAGUAAGGCCUUUGAUAAAACGUGAGAAAGAGGAGAAUCUGAAAAUACAAUGGAUGGUUCAGGAUAAAACUAUUUUACCAAUUGACUCCGAUUUAAGAAGACGUGCAGAAGGAGGCUUUCACUUCGAUCAUAUAUUUGAUGCAGAUAGCACAAAUAUCGACAUUUUUAAUAAUGUGGCAAAACCAGUUAUCGAAGCCGUAGUAAAUGGAUUUAAUGGAACUAUAUUUGCAUAUGGUCAAACAAGUUCAGGUAAGACAUAUACAAUGAUGGGGACAGAACAAGAACCAGGAAUAUUGCCCCUUGCCGUUGAACAUAUAUUUCACUUAAUCUCAAACUCCUGCGAGCGUGAGUUUCUAUUAAGAGUUUCUUAUCUAGAAAUUUAUAAUGAAAAGAUAAAUGAUCUUUUAAUAAAGGAUAGCAUUGAUCUAAAGUUGCAUGAAGAUAUAAAUGGACAAGUAUACAUGAAUUGCAAGGAAGAAGUUAUACAAACUGAAAAGGAAGUUUUAAAAUAUAUGAAGCAAGGUGAUAAGAAUAGGAGAAUAGGUGUAACAAAUAUGAAUGAGAAAAGUAGUCGAAGUCACAGUAUAUUUCGCAUUAUAAUUGAAAGUCGAGAAAUGAAUGCUGAUUCUAAUUGUGCGAUUAAGGUAUCACAAUUGAAUUUAGUUGAUCUGGCAGGCUCCGAAAGAGCCCGCCAAACUGGAGCAACAGGUGAAAGAUUUAAAGAAGGAAAACACAUAAACAUGUCACUUUCUGCAUUAAGUUUAGUUAUUAAACAAUUAAGCGAUUCACAAGAAGGCCAAAAGUAUAUCAAUUUCAGAGAUAGCAAGCUUACUAGAAUCCUGCAAAACUCAUUAGGUGGUAAUGCUAUGACUGCAAUAAUAUGUACCGUAACCCUGGCAGCUUUUGAUGAAACACAUUGUACGUUAGCAUUUGCUUCACGAGCCAAGAGUGUAAAAAAUCAACCUCAUUUGAAUGAAGUCAUGUCAGAUGCGGCCCUAUUGAAACGUAUUAAGAAACAAAUGGCAAUACUUAUGGCAGAGCUGCAGGCUUCCAAACAGAAAUCAGCAAAAGUUGAACAUAUGGAGACAAAACUCCAAGAAAAAGAUCAAAUGAAUCAAAUUUUGGAACAGCGCAUUGAAUUAUUGAAAUCACGCAUCGUAUCAGGAAAUAGUAUACAGAAUGAAAAGGACUUCAAAACAAAUACCAAACGACGUCGUACUUGGGGUGGUCCAGAUAGUAAAGUUCCAUUACCAUUACCAUCGAGGAUACCUAGUGUUGGAGAAUUCUUUGAGGAUGAAUCAUCACAUGAGGCUGAGAGGAUGCAAGAAAUUAAAAGGCGUCAGAGUAUCAUCCAAUCCACAGUAACAGAUAUUCUUAAAGAAAGAUUCCAAACUGCUUUUGCAGACUUUGAGUUAGAAUUAAUUGAAAGUGAAAGAGAAAGGAACCGAUCCUCGUGUACUAGCAUCAUAUUCGAAGAAGUCCCAGUGCAAAAUGAAAUAGAGGAACUUGAAAAGAAAGUACAUAUUUUAAACGAAGGAAAGGAAAUAUUACAACAUCCUCUCGAUACAGUAAAAGAGUCAUGUUCCAACAUUAACGACUUGCAAAAUUUGAUAAAGAACCUCCAGACCGAAAACGAUGAGUUGAAAUGUCAAUUGAAGAAACAAGUGGCAUUAAUGGAGAAUGAAACUUCUGACCUACGAAACAAAAUAGAUGAGCUGGAAGGCACGAUGCGCAUUCUGGAAGAAGAUAAACGAAUGUUGAGUCAGCAACUUAAUUCAUUUAAAGAAUCAAAGGCAUUAGUCAUAUCGAAAUCCAGUGACUUCGAUUGCAGUAGUCCCCUUGCCGUGAAAACUGUUUGCGAAAGUUCAUUAAUAUCAAUUGAAGAUAAAUCUAUUAAAAAUUAUGAAAACACUAGCGGUAUAUUCUCAAAUAUUUCUUAUUUUGAUAAAAUGGAUGCAUCGGAUACUUUUACUGAAAAUGAUAUCCAAACCAGUGAAUUUUUAACAAGCGACGAAUUAACAAAGUCGUUUGAUAUCCAGUUUAAGAGCGAGAAGAUCGAGGAUCUGACGAAGCAGAUUAAAACAUUGAAAGCCGUGAACGAAACAAUUUUAAGUAAAGUUACCGACGAUGAACAUCUAGAAUUACUAAAUAAUUUGAACGAACUGGUUAUUUGUAAAUCUACUCUCGAGAAUAAGAAUGCCAAGCUGGGAGAACAGCUUCGGCUAAAAAUUCAGGAAUCCGAGUACGUCAAAAAAUGUAUUCAAAGUUUAAAAGUGGACAUUGGAAAGUUGGAAAAAACAAUUCUUUUGCUGACUUCAGAAAAUGAAGACUUGUUCAGCAAACUUACUGCUGAAAAGAAACGUGCAGAUGAAGACGAGCUCAAACUUCAGAGCCAGAUCGACGAUCUUUACAGCCGGGUAUUAAAAGCCACUGAAGAAAAAGCGAAUCUGGAAAAUGAUCUGACAAUUUGUAAGGACGAAUUGGAAACUUAUCGCGCUUUCCCUCCAACCGUAACUGAUGAGGAGGUACAGAAAAAACUUGAGGAAUAUGAAAGAAAAAUGGCACAAUUAACAGAAGAGAACAUUGAACUCUCUUCCGAUUUAAUGGACAAAAUUGAAGAACUCGACAAAGUGAAGGAGAGCAAAGCCUUGCUUUACGGCCAUGACUGCACGUACAAAGAAAAGGUCGAGUCACUUCUGGAAAAGAUGUCCUGCCUGAAACAGGAGAACGACGAGCUACUAAGUAAUUUAAUGAAGACGAACGAGGAGUGCGACAGUCUGAGGGAAGCACACAAUCUCCUCAAGAGUAAAUUAGAGGUUUCUUUAACGAAUCCACGCACUCCAAAGCAUUCAAAAAACCUUGUAAAAGGACUGACCAUCGAGAACAUGAUCUUAAAAUCCGAGGCAACAGAACUCAAAACAAAGAUGGCGAUGCUUUCCGAAGAGAACGACAAGCUCUCUAACUCCCUACUAUUUAUUAACGACGUUGAAACUGUACAACAGAACGUCUCGUUCAAAGAUUCGUUACACCUUUCGGUAUUGAACGACUGUUCAUCCCAAAAUUCUAGCACAAAAGCAGCUUCCGAGAAUAACGUCGACUCAUUAACUUUAGAAAUUAAAAUGCUGCGAGAACGGAACGAUCAUAUAACUCGGUUGAACGAAAAGCUGAGUUCCCUAAAGCUCAGUUCUUGCACUCAGUGCAAGCAUCUCAAAGAAAUCAUGCAAAGCCGCAGAAUGCUGAAAAUCGAGAACAAGAAUUUGCACAAAAAACUGCAUAAUGUACAACGAAAGCUCGACCGGUUUGACUUGUCGCAAAGUAAAAUCAUUGAAGAUUUUAGUGUUAAUGAUUCCACGAUGAAUUCCAGUUCUUUAGAAGUAUCGAAUGUCUCCUUGGUGGAGGAAAAGUUGGAGGCUUUGAGAAAUCAAUUGCAGGCAUUGAAAGAGAAUGAUGAAACACAAAGCGAUUCGCCCGAAGAAAACUGUGCAGAGCUCGAGAUAUCGCAUCAAAACGAUGCCAAUGAAACGUCUUUAUAUCCGAAAGUUCCAGAAAUUCUGAAGGGACAAGUCAGAAUUGAAAAGCUCCAAGAGACUUUGCAGAAGCUGGAGCAAGAAUUACAAGAAGUGAAGAAAAUCAACGCUGUCACCGGAGAAGAGCUUCAAAAACUCUCGAUGGAAAGAGCAAACAUGUUGAAUGAGAUUGAAUCUCUAAAAACUUACAAAGAACUUGACAAUGAGAAAGUUGAGAUGCUCGAAGGUGAAAUAACCAAUUUAAGCAGCGCGAUUGAAAGAUUGAACGUUCUCCAGAACGAAACAACAAGGGAAAAGCUCAACUUAGAGGUCGAGAUUGAAAAGCUGAAAGCCGAGAGAGAAGAUAAUAAAAAUCUCAUCGACGAAUUGCGAAAGUGUAUCUCUGAAUUGCAGGAAAAUAAUUGCGUCUUGGCGAGAGAAGUAAAUGAAACUAAGCAGGACGUAAACGCAGCUGAUCGGCAAAGGAUGUCCAUAAAUAGUGGAAACGAAGAAGAGAUUGCAAACUCAGGGAAACUGCUUCAGGAAAGGAUCGAGCUUCAAUUAAAAUGCGACAGACUUAGGAAUGAAUUAUUCGAGGUGAAAGAAUUCAUCGUAGAGGAGCUUCGGGUUUUCCAUCGGGCAGUAAUGUCGAAGGAGCAGGAAGUCGUUGAAACAAUUCAAGAACGUUUCGAUAUGAAAAGAAAGGAGCUGGAGGAUCGAACCCACCAGAGUCAGGACUCCGAAAAAAUAGUCACGGUUUGGGCGAAAAAGCUGGAGGUUAAUGUCGAGAGGCUGCAGAUUGAUCUUCUCCAGCAAGAGGAUAUAAAUAGCUGGCUCUGCAAAGAGUUGGAUGAGUUAAACCGAGUUCUAAGAGAGAGCCAUCAGGAAAGUCAAUAUCUGAAGGAGAAGGUCGAGGUCUUGAAGUCGGACCUUGGUGCUCUACAAAAUGUACACGAGAAGCAAUCGGAAAAGAAAGGCCCAGAUGACGAAACUGUUGAUAAAGCCAAUGAAAAGCAACACCUCGUUUCGGGGUCCAUCGGAAUUCGAGAAAAGGAAGUAGAGACUCAGUUGAAGAUCGACAAGGAAAACAAACUAAUGGAGCUGACCGGUAUGCUAGUAGAAGCUUAUAAGUCCAGAAACGUGGAAUUGGAGAAUAAUGUCAAAACUCUCAAAGCUCUGGAGGAAAACCUGAUUAUCAUUAUCACCCGAAGUGGACGUGAAUUAACGUGUAACGUUCGAAGGCUGAAAAAUUUGGAAGUGGAAAUGGAGCAGCUCAAAGAAACACAUAAUAAGCUGUUUAGCGAGAUCCAACAGAAGGACAGGUACAUUGAAGAGACCAUCAACAUUUUCAAAGAGAAGGAUGACAAACUCAAUGAAUUGUCCGUUGAAUUGAAAAUCGCCACUUCAAGGAACGAAACCCUGAAGCAACAAUUGGCACACAGCAAUCGGGUUGUGGAGGACCUGAAGAGAAAAAUGGGGAAGCUUGAGGUCGACAGUUCGAAAAGGAUUGAAAAUAUUACAGAACGCUUUGUCGCUGAAGAACGAAAUGUCGCAGGUCUUCGUCGACAAAUGCUCGACCUGACCAAUGUGGAUUCAGCUCUUAAGUCGGAGUUGGAAUCACUGAAAGGUACUUGUGAGAAGUUGGAAAAGGAGAAUGAAAAGCUGAAGAAAGAGGUUGAGAAUAGGAACAACAAAUCACAUGAAAUCGUGGAAGAUCUACAGGACGAGAAGAUGAGUCUUAAUAUAGAAUUGGAGGGAGCCAAUAACCUGAUCAAACAACUUCAGGAGUCAAAGAAUCAAUCAUCAUUAAACAAUCGCGAGUUGCGAGAAAAGUACGAGACCCUAUGUCAAGAGAAGAGUAAGUUGGAGUCGUUCAAGGGCAUUUGUGAGGAGUUGGAGAAGGAGAACGAAAAGCUGAAAAGAAAAAUUUGCAAUAGAAACAGUAAAUCACAGGAGAUCGUGGAAAGCCUCCAGGAUGAGGUGGCGAACUGUAAUCGGCAACUGGAAGGAGCAAAUAAUCUGAUCAAAGAGCUGCAGAUGUCAAGGAAUGAAUUGACUUUAGUUAAUCAAGAGUUGCAAGGAAAGUAUGAAACUCUGUGUCAGGAGAACGAUAAAUUGGCAAAGGAGUUGGAGACCUACAAAACGUCCUAUUCUUUGAAUUCCGUCAAUCUUCGACCCAAACUUGUGCAGAAACCUCAGGAGGCUACGGACGAACUCUCGGAAACAAAACGAGUUCUGCAGCUGAAGGAAGAAGAAAUAUGUAAAUACCAAAAUGAAAUGGAGGAAGUUCGAAAGAAAAAUAAAGAACUAGAUGAAGAAAUGGAAGAAAUGGUGGAACACAUAAAUAAUUUGAACCAUGAAAUUCUUGUAUUGACCGAUAAGUUGUAUUCUCCUGAAUCUGGGUUUGGUCCUAUAUUGGAGUUGGAAAGAACAAUUAACUCCUUGAAGUUCGAGAAUGAAAAUCUGAAAGCCAGGUUUCCACCUGAUACACUAAGUCCAAAUUCCUAUAAGAAAAAAUUAGAACAUUAUAAGAAACAGAAUCAGGAACUACUGGCUAAGAUCGAGACUACUAAGAAGGUAAUGUUGGAGGCCUCCGAUUUGCGGAAUCGAGUUACAGAGUUGGAGAACAAAUUAAAAGAGAAGGAAGCCUGUAGUUCAAGAAAUGUGGAAAGUGGUGAAGAAGUUUUCAACAGAAAACAGUGUCAUGAGUGUUCUGUUUUUAAGGAUAAAAAUCGCCAGCUAGAAUUGGAAAUAGUAUCGAAGAAUGGAAUAAUAGCUACAUUGGAAAUUAAGAUUCAGAGCGAGAAUUUCCCUUAUCGGAAGAAAUGCAAAAACCUAGAGGAAGAUCUCUUGACUUUCCAAAAUAAGAAUGUUGAAUUGAAGAAACUGGUGAAGGAGCUACAGCGAACUAUAGUUGAAACCAGUGUAAGAGAUUGCAAAGGGUGCAGAAUAAAGAAAAUUAACGGAGUCAACCAAUUUACGCAGACCAUGUCAGAAUACAAGGGGUUCAUUAGUGACACGCACAGUGGAGUAUAUAAAGAACAAUUGAAAAUAGAACGAUUAAUUAAGGAGAAAGAAUUACUGAGAGAUUUAUGUCGCUCGAGAUGUCGACAAAUUAAAGAGCAUGAGAAAAGAAUUUCAGAAUUAGAGAAGCAGCAACCUUCAAAACCAGUACAUCUGACUGAUGAUAAGAGAAGCUAAAUAUCUCACAAUGCAUCCAUUAAUAAACUACACAAAUUAAUUGAAAACUUUAAAUGAUUAGUAAAAAGAAAGAGCCAAUUAAUAUGUCAGGUGGUACAUCACUUCUCAGAAGAUUUAAAUGAUUAAUUUCAUGUUUAUCAUUUAAUGCAUCCAUCUAGUUAGAUUAAUGUAUGUAUUUGUAAAUAAAAGAAGGCAAUUUUAACUUUUUACGACCAA